CUUAUAAAUACGCUGCAGCUUUCAAUAUUUUCGAUUUAAUUGACAUUAAAGUAAAAACAAACCAACAACAACAAACAUUAUGCGCAUAAGCGAGUUAAUUGUAGAAGAAAAGGCAACUCCACUUCAACACUUCUACGAGGGUGCCAAUAUACUAAUAACUGGAGGAACAGGCUUUCUUGGAAAAAUAUUACUAAAUAAAUUAUUUACGUCAUGCCCUGGCAUAGAAAAUAUUUAUAUUCUAAUUCGUAAGAAAAACAACAAGGAUGUGCAUACACGUGCGGAGGAGAUAUUUGAUGAUCCGAUUUUUAAUGUUAUGAAAAAGGUGGCACCUAAGUUUCGCCAUCAGUUUCAAGGCAUUGCAGGGGAUUGCUUGUUGCCCAACUUGGGUCUUAGUCGAGAAGAUCGAAAGCUGCUUAUUCAACGGGUGAAUAUAGUAUUUCACAUGGCAGCCACCGUGCGAUUUGAUGAAAAAUUGAAAAUUGCUAUGCAAAUAAAUGUGAAGGCAGUGAGCGAUAUUAUGUUGCUUUGUAGUGAAAUGAAGCAUCUAAAAAGUGUCUUGCACGUCUCCACAGCAUAUACCCAUUGUCCCCUCCGUCAAAUCGAUGAGAAAUUUUAUUCACCACCUAGUGAUUCGAAAAACUUAAUACUUUUGACAGAAUGCAUGCCGGACAAGCUACUGGAAUCAAUGACACCUGUACUCUUGGGUAAAUGGCCGAACACUUAUACUUUCACAAAAGCUGUUGCUGAGGAUAUAAUAAAGAUGUACGGAAAUAAAUUGCCAGUAGGGAUGUUUCGGCCUGGCAUAGUGAUUUCUACGUACCGCGAUCCCGUCUGCGGAUGGAUAGACAACUUUUAUGGACCAACAGGAGCUAUUGCUGGAGCUGGGACAGGUGUCAUACGAACACUACGUUGUGACCCACGUGCUGUCGCUAAUAUGGUUCCAGUUGAUUUAUGUGUGAAUAGCAUAAUCGCAGCGGCAUGGGACAUAUCACAAAAACACAAUAUCAUAACACUUGAAAAAGAUAUACCAGUUUAUAAUUUCUGCACAUCAAAAUUCAAUCAGCUGACUUGGGGCGAUUUUACUACCAAAACAACGAAAUACGGCCUAAUGUACCCAACAAUCAAAGCCCUUUGGUAUUUGUGUUACGCCAAUACUCCGAACAAGUUUCUGCACUUAUUGUCAAUUUUUUUUUUACACUAUGUUCCCGCUACUAUUUUUGAUGUAUUUUGCAUGUGCAUGGGAAAAAAACCUCGGUUGCUAAAUACUUACAAAAAAAUUCAUAGAUUUAUGCGUGUGAUUGAAUACUUCUCAAUGCGACAGUGGGAUUUCAAAAUUGAUAAUGUGAUCAAUCUGUGGAAUCGCCUAUCCGAUAAAGAUAAGGAUACAUUUUUCUUCGAUAUGACACAAUUAGAUUGGGAUUUAUUUUUACAGCAAUACUUCCGAGGUAUACGACAAUAUUUGUUACAUGACCCACUUGAUACAAUACCACAAGCCCUUGUAAGAUGGAAUAGGCUGUAUUGGCUGCAUCAGUGUAUAAAGUUACUUGUAUUAUUGUUAUCAGCUCAUAUUAUUUGGUUGUUUUUUUCAAAACUCUGCUAAGAUAAAAAUAAUAAUUUCGUAUAUUGUGACAUUCGAGUAAAUAAAUUUUGUAUUUUAUAUAUACUGAUUACACAAUUUCAUUUAAAAACAACAUUAUGGAAAUAUGUCUCGAGGUUGAUCGGUUUCCGAGUAGACUUAUAUAACGCAUAUACUAUACAACCCGAAAAACGUGUAUUCAUAUCACCAUUCAUAAUAAAAGAACACUUCUAUACAUCUUAUAUUAUAUUUAAAAAUUAAGCGCUAUUUCGUUAAGUGUCCGCAUUACGUCCGAACCACUGAAAAAGGUCCUAACGAAGGCCUUUUUUGCAAAGUCACCGUCGAUUUCGAAAUAUGUACAUACAUUUGGUUGAAAAUUGAUGAGGGUGUAGUUGGAACCUCGGACGGGCUCAGAACUUCAAACUUCAAACCAUAAGUAUGUGUUCAAUAUUCAUGUAAUAAUUUCAAUUUUUUUACUUAAAAUAUAAUAAAAUCACACA